CCAUUCCUUCGUCCCGCUCUCAUCUACCGCCACAGCUUCGUUGCGUCCCCCUUCAUCACCACACAUAACUCUCCAGAUAGAGCGCUGGCCUUGUGCUGGACCUCAAGUUGAACUCGCAUUCGGUUCGAAUACGCCGAUCAAUAUCGCGGCCCGGAGGGAGCACGCGAUGACCACGCCUUGCCGCGAGCCGUCGUCGUUGUCGACGUCGCCGACGUCCAUGCCCACCCCGCCACCGUCCCCACCCUCGGCCCAGGCACAGACGAAGCGCGCUCAUGCGCUCCAAGAGCUGCUCUCCAGCGAGCGGGCCUAUGCAUCCGACCUCGCACUCAUCAACCAGAUCUAUGUCCCUCUUGCGCGGGGCGAGGCCCUAGCCCUCCCGACGCCUCCCGCCUCCCGCGCGUCGACCUCGUCCGACAACAGUGUCGAUGGGCUGCCUAUGCCUCCCGAGGACGUGGACGUCAUCUUCGGGAACGUCGCUGAACUCGCCGGGAUCGCCGCACAGCUUGCGCAGCGCCUCGAGCUGGGCGAGGAGGAUGUCGGGACACUCUUCUUACAAGUCACCCCGACGCUCGAAGCACCGUACGCACGCUACAUCACCCGACAUGACUACGCCGCCGAACGGCUGGCAGCUGUACCCCGCACCCCCGCGUACGAGCAAUACAUCGCCACCACUCAGGCACUCGCGGCGCGAUACACUACCGCGUGGGACCUUGCCUCCCUCCUGAUCAAGCCCGUCCAACGUCUGCUCAAGUACCCUCUUCUGCUCGGUGCCCUGUAUGAGGCUACACCCGAAUCCCACCCCGAUCGUCCUGCGCUGUACGAGGCCAAAUGCGCGCUCGAAGAAAUCGCCGGGCGCAUCAACGAGCAGCGUAGGAGGAAGGAGCUCGUGCUCGCAGUGCUCAAUGGCAAGCCCGGUCCGCAGCGCAAGCGCGUUGAGGAGGACCAUUAUGACUAUAGGCUCGUCUGCUGCCUAAGCAAACGCCUCUUCGCUCUUUGCCAGCAUAUCACGCAGUUCGCGCGCGCGAUUAUCGCGUAUGCAAGUGCCCUACACGACGCACACUCCGCACUCGACCAGUUCUCCCAGUCUUUCGCCCGUGCACUCGAUGCGACUGGGUCCGGUGGCGUCCAGGCGUACCUCUCGCUUGUCGCCAUUCUUCGCGACACCGAGCUCGAGACGGAGACCAUCCUCGGGCCACUCUUCCAGACGCUCAAACCCGUCAAGAAGGGCACCUACUUGUGCGCGGAGAUGUUCAAGCUUUCGGGCGCUCACCACGCGCUGCUUAACACGCCUGUCACCGCAGCCGGCGGGAGUACGUCUGCAGCCGCCAUCCGCGCCAGCCAGACGUACGUCGCGCUCCGGACUACCCUCGCGCAGGAGCUACCGGAGCUCGUCCGCCUCACGGAGAAGGCGCUGACGCUCUGUAUUGGCAAGCUUACGGAGCUGCAGGCGGAGUACUACCAUAGUUCGUCGGAGAUGUGGCACGACCUGUGGGACAAACUGCACGAGAAUGAGGCGCCAGACGCGGAUGUCAUGGCGCUCUAUGAGGAGCGUGUUAGUGGGCCAUUGUCCCGCAUACAGGCAUUGCGUAUAUGCGCGCCGCUCCCAGACAAGAAGCGUCGGAAGAGCGGUGGGCGGAGUGCGCCACAGGUGGAGGAAUCGUUCGUGACGCCGAUUCACGAGACGUUCACCCAGUCGUACACGCCGUCACGCCCGUCGCACUCUGCGCCCCGCCGAUCGGGUACGCCACCGCCUCCACCGCCCGACCUAUACACUUCCCCAAGCCAAUCAUAUACCACACCUACCCAAACCUAUACCACGCCACGCAUAGCGCACCCCUACGGCGCCGCUGCAUGGCCCCCUUCGCCCGGCCCAGAGGACGAAUCUUUCCAGUCAUAUUCCCGCUUUGACCCCGGUCGCGAUCCGGCGGAUAUGUCAGGAUGGGAAGACUCGCCGCGCACACCUCGCGACGAUGGCGCGUUCAGCCGGCAGCAGGACGCCGUGAACGGCAACUAUCUGUUCGCUGGCCACCCUUACGCCGCGUCCGCUGGGAACGUCUCCAACACGAAUAUAUCCGAGUUCUCUGGAGACGUUCUUACCGAUGAUAUUUCCGAAGUCGGCAGACUGUACGCUAUGCCUCCGUCGCCCAGGCACACCAUGGCGAUGGACAGCCCCAACUCCAGCAGGCUCCUCGUCCCAGAUAGCAGCACCUUCAGGUCCGAGAGCCCGCCAAGCCCGAGGGCGCUCAAGCGCAGAAGCAGUCCUAUUCUCGGAAGGAGUACGAGUCCCCUUGCGUGGCGGGAAAGCGGGUCGGAGACCUUGCUCGACCCGAACUCACCGUUGGAGCCGCUUCGCCGCAUAUCACUAGAGCCUGUACGGAGGAAGGAGGGUAUCGAGGAGCGGAAGUUGUCCGCGUCGUCAAAGGCCAGCGCGGUCAGCUCGGAGCUCAGCAGAAGUGCCAGUAAGGUCAAUCUUGCCAUCGCCGGCCUCGCUACGCUGUCGACGUCCCCAUCGGCAAAGUCGCCGCUAUCGUUGAAGUCGAAGUCACCCGCAUCUACUAAGUCGACUCCUGGGCCACACUAUGUGCGCGCGCGCGAUCGGGAGCGCGAGAUGAGCACGGAGUCGUGGAACAGUAGUAUGACGGGCUCGUCAUGGACAACCGUAGGGUCGGUAGCAGCGAGCCCGCCUAGAGCAUCGUCUGUCAAGAGCAAAGCAUCGGCAGCGUCAUCUGGCAACACCUUGCGUGACGAUGAACUGCGCAAUGUGAUGCUGGGCGGGAUGUCCUUGGGCAUGCACGUUGCGCCGCCUCGGCUGGAGAGCAAGAAAGGGAAGAAGGCUCCGGAGAAAGCGAAAGAACGCGCCGCGCCUGAGAGGAAGAAUACUGGCGACCUGCAGGAGGCGAAACCCGCGGAAGAUGAGCUGGAUGAGAAGGCGAGGCGCGUGCUGGAGUGGAACAACACCGUGCAGGAGAAGCGGCGGCAGAGAGAAGAGGAGAAGGCGCGCAAGGAGGAUGACAAGGCCCGGAAGGAGGAAGAGCGGGCGAAGAAGGAAGAGGAGAAGAAGAGCGAGCGGGAGCGCAAGGAGAGACUCAUUACUGAGGCGCGUGCCGCCCUCAGGUCCAAACCACCGUCGCUGCGGAGCUAUACCCCUGACUUGUUCUCUCGACCGCAUACACCGGACCUGCGCGCGGAGGAGAACAAGCCGGCCGAGGAUGCGGACGCGGAUGGCAGUCUCCCCGAAGGGCACCAUGAAGGUCGCUUCCGCAAGUUCACACGCUCGUUCCUGCACUCUCCUUCGCGUCGACCGAGCAGUGCAAGUCGGCGGGGAUUGGCGAGCCCUCUGAUGCUUGGCAUCUCGAGCGCAGACAUACCUCCCCUUGAGGAGGACGAGCUCCCGCCACUCGCGACCGCGAAGUCGAUGUCGAACUUGCGCCGCGCACCAAGUCGGAGGCGAGAAAGACCGCGUACCUCGUACGGUGGUUUCGAGAGCAGUCCGUCGCCGUCCGCUGCAUCAUUCGCAGAUGCCUCCCCUUCGUCAACACGACCGUCGCCUUCGAGCAGCACAUACCCUGGGCGCGAUUCUCUGUGGCCGACGGACGGCGCACCACAGCGAUCUCGCAGCACGCUUGAGGUGAAGGACCACAAGUCGCGCACGGCGAGCCUCUUCCGCUCCCGCAGCGCAAGAUCGUCGCGUCCAAAGGAGGAGACGGGUGCGGACUGGCUGCCAGAGGACAAGACAUACCUCGUCCGCGUCUUGCAAGCGUACACGCCCUCGCCAAAGCAUCACAGGCGGACGGGAUCUCUGCUCGGACGGCCAGACCUUGUGUAUCGUGGAUACCCCCUACUCUCGCUCGUCCCGGGCCAGAUUUUGCGAGUUCUGCAGGAGGCGGGACCCCCAAGCGAGCAUCCAGACUACCCGGUCUGGUGUGACGGUGGUGAGGAUUGCUUGCUUUUGUGUCGUCUUCCAGCGGACCAGCGAGAGGGGGACAAGCCUCACAAGGAGAAGAUAGGAUGGGCGUUGGCGAGUUUCCUGAACCUUGUGGACCCAGGUGAAGUGUCGUAAUAAGGCUGGUGGGUGCGCUCGUUCGGACGCGUUCUGAGUUAGGUGCUCUUCUUGGUUUUUGAUCUCUAGGUUAUCUCUACUGAUUUACUUGCUGAUUGUUUUGGAUCUAACUGCGCUAACGCUAGUAUACCACUCACUACACCUCAUUUAUGGCAACGUCUUUGCUUCAUUUGUAUAGAUGCAUGUACGUAGUACCCAACAUAUGUAUAAUAGAAUAAUUCAUGAUCUAUAAAGGCUGCCUGCUC